GGAACAUGCUUUCCUGCUGCUGGAUAUAUGAUAGGUCCAACGUCCAAUCACGAAUAAGGAAAUUUACAAAGUCAGAGCACACUGGCAUGGAACGCCCCGGCUUAGGCUUAGUAAGAUCCAGAAAGAGUUGCUUCUUUCCCUAUCUCUUUUACCUAUACUUGUUCCUUUUUUUUUGUGUCAUACACGUUAUAUGGCAACGAUUACUGUUAAAAACGAAAACGACAACAACAACAGCAGCAGCAGCUUUUCUUGCAUCACUCAGACCGAGCUUGGAUUCAACGACCUACAACACCUGUGCAAUGGUGGCAAACACGCCUUUACCAAUGCAAACUACCACCAAGCUAUUGACAUUUACGACCAAGUCAUUGCCCAGCUUCAAGGCAGCCUCACUUGCAAAAUAUACCUCUUCCGCGCAGGUGCCUAUGAGCAACUCGGCAACUUCCACCAUGCCUUGCAGGACGCUCAGCGCGCCAUCUUAGCAGACCCAACGUAUGCGGGCGGCUACCUCUGCGCAGGCAGUCUAUUCGUCAUGCAAAAGCAAUGGGCAGAAGCGGCCGCAUUGUAUCAGAAGGGCAUAGACCGCGUUGCUAUCGACGAUCCACGACACAUACAGCUUGUACAACACAAAGAACAAGUGGCGCACGAGAUUGCAGAGAGAAAUACUCGGGUCAUGCGCAUAUUGCCGUACGAUAUCAUCUGUGAGAUCAUGUCCAAGCUCUCCAUCACCGACCGCAUUGCCUGCGCUCAGACAUGUAAGGAUUGGCAUGCGUACAUGUUUGACAGCCCGGCUAUGUGGCAGGAUAUCCAUCACCUGGAUGCAUCGCUCCUGGAUCGCAUAGGCUCUGUUGCCAGCAAGCAUGUGCGACGAUUGACUUUGCGUGGAUUGCGUCGAAACCAGGAAUUACUAGGUCGCCUGGUUGAAUUUAAUUGGCAUUUCCAGCUCACGCAUCAAUCGAUCCUCAUGGCGCCAAUUCCUUCAAAUCAACAAACAAAUCAAGUCCAUCCGGUUGGUGGAUACGCAAGCAGGAGCCGAAGACACAAGUGAAACAGAAGAAUUACUUCAGGAUGUGUUUGAUUUCUGCACCCAACUCACCGACCUGACCUAUGUGCAUCAACUCGAAGACAGACGCUGG